CUUCCGGCGACGGAGAACAACAAUUGCAACAGCUGGCGUUUUGCGAACAGACACUCUUUAAGAGGUGCAACAACAAAGCAAGCUCUAUGCAUAUAAGUGUUCAUAAAAGCUACUAGCAACAAGCCAUACUGUGGCGUUAUUAUUUUAAGUGUUGCGGCAAAAAAAUUUGCGCUAAAAAAUACGAAACUUAAUUGCCAACAAAAAUGAGUUGGAAAAGUUGUCGGGCAAAAAAAUUAGACUAAAAACUGUAAAACAAACGAAUUUCUGCGAGAGCACCGAAUAAAAAAGGAAUAAACUCACACAAAAGCUAAACUUAACGGUAGUUUUGCAUUUAAGCAGACAUAAAUUUCGUUUUUCGUGAAAACAGCUGAUCAGCAUAACGCAAACAGCUGUUUCUGCAGUUCUAGAGAUCACUGAGAGCGUAAGCAAGUGAACACUGCGAGAGUGUGAGAGUGUACAAUCGUAGCAAAGUCACCAAGUGAACACGCAUCGGCACUACGCUAAUUGCAGUGCUGGCCAUCGUUGUCGCCUAAGGCAACACGCCCAUACGUGGGCGUUAUUAUGCAGAAGAAGCCACCAUUGCCGUUGACCGCAUUCAUUGGUGGUCCGACGCUCAUACACGCCUCGCAAUCGGCGAUUAGUUCGAGCAGCAGUAGCAGCAUUGGCAGCGGCAUGUGUUUCCCAAGCAGUAAAAGUGGUAGUGGUGGCGGUGGCUCAAGCGGUGGCAGCGGUGGUUCGGGAGAGAAGCAACGUGGCACUGGCGGCUUAUGCGGCUGCCAGAAGGCACCCAAGUCACAUUGCAUAUCGGCGACAGGCGUGCUCCUGCUCGUGCUACUCUACACCGCCAUGGGCUCCAUUAUAUUCGUCACACUUGAGGGCGAACUGGACGACACCAGUGCGCUGGAGACCGCAGUGGCGGCAUCGAAAAAGUUUCCACGCACCGAACUAGCCAAUGAACAAAUAAGAUCACGCACUGUGGAUCGUUUGUGGUCGAUUACGGAGGAUUUGAAUAUUUUAUACAAAGAGAAUUGGACACGUCUGGCCGCGCAGGAGGUGCAACAUUUUCAGGAGACUUUAUUGCGCGCCGUUCGCCAAUCGAAAAUUUAUCAGCCCGGCGAACAAAUGAAUCCACCCACACACAAGUGGACUUAUGCAUCGGCGUUUCUUUAUUCAUUAACAUUAAUAACAACAAUAGGUGAGUACACAACAACACACACAAAUAAUUGUUAUGGCGGUAUAUCGCCGCGCACGCAGUGGGGCCGCAUCGCUGCACUCAUCUACGCGCUCUUCGGCAUUCCCAUCGUGCUGCUGUACCUAUCCGCCAUGGGUGAGGGUCUCUCCGCCGCAAUGCGCUGUCUCUUUCGCAAAGCGCGCUCCAAAAGCGCCGUAAGCAGUGGCAGCGGAGCCGGUAAUACAGGCAAUAGCGGUAGCGGCAGCGCUAACAGCGGCAACGGCAAGUUGCCACCGAAUGAUAGCGGCAAAGGUGCGAACAAACAUUAUCAUCACAGUGGCGCUGGCAGCGGGAAGCUACAUUCCGCCGCUGCGCAUCAUUACGGACUGCCCAAACCCGCCUAUCACCACAACGGCUCAAUGGGUAUGGGCAUGCACGCGUCGACACACAGUCCCAGCGUGCCCAUCUCCAUAUGCGUCAUGGUGCUGGUCUGCUACGUCACCUCUGGCGCAGUGCUCUUCCACAAACUGCAAAACUGGAGCGUAUUAGAGGCGCUUUAUUUCUGCUUCACGUCGCUGGGCACCAUCGGCUUCGGCGAACUGGCGCCCACCGGCAACCUCACGCUUUAUCUCGCCUCCGCGUAUAUACUUGUCGGUAUGGCGGUGGUGGCCAUGUGCUUCAGUCUCAUACAAACAGAGAUCGUAAUGUGGCUGCGCAAGUUUAGCGUACAGGACCACGUGAUGCCGCAGGGUGAAGACGUUGCGCUCGUCUCCGUGGCAGUUACGCCGAAGUCCUCUUGA